ACCAAUGCCACCCUCCUGCAAGGGUUUAUAAGCCACUGAGCUCAGCUGCUGACAAGUGAUGAAUGGAGACAUGGAGCUAAUGUUGCAGGUGCUCUUUGUGGCUCUACUGGCAGGAUCAAAUUCUUUGGUCUGCAACAUCUGCACCAGCAACAGCCCUGGCCUGUGUAGACCUCAGCCCACCAUCUGUGAUCCUUCAUCCACCGCCUGUGGGAGUUUUGCAAAGCGAUUCAUGGAUAAUGGCACGUCCAGAACGGUGUAUUAUCAGAGGUGCGCCUACCCUGGAAUCUGCAAUUCCUCCUUUUCCUUUAACUUUGGGGUGGUCAGUGCCAAUGUCAAAGCCCAGUGCUGCACAACAAGCCACUGCAACCUGGUGAACUCAGUAACAGUGUCUCCACAAACUCUGAAUUCUCUGACGUGCUAUUUUGGAGUAAACGGCGACAUCAAUGGGACUAUCCAGUGUAAAGGAAGUGAAACUCUCUGCUUCACAAUUGGACUGAAUAGCACAGGAACAGUCAGAGGAUGCACUUCGGAGAAAGUCUGUGACAACUAUGAAACAGUCAUCGGCUUCUUUGGUGACACCCUGACAACAAAACCCACGUGCUGCAGUGAAAACUUAUGCAAUAGCAGCUGGAGGCCAAGAUGGAGUCCCAUUUUGUAUCUGCUUGUGCUGACAGCGGUGACCUUCUUCUACUAAAUUUGUGCAGACUUAAGAUGGUCAUGGAAGGCUGGCCUCUGUCACCUGGCACCCCAUUGAUUCUGCAUGCUGAAAUUUUUCCUUUGACUUGUCACGUGUAAUUAAUUGCUUUUAAAAUUUGUGAUUUUUCUGCAAUUGAGUAGUCUGUAAAAGGCACUUAAAUAAACAUUAACAGUAUAUGCUGAUUAAAAAACAAAAGGCAGCUGUGGGUUGAUUUGAAAUCCUCUGGCCGUGUAAUGUUAGUAAAAGAUGGCGUACACGUUACAUGUGAGUGAGUCCUAUGUGUGUCCUGAUCAGAACAAGAAGAUGGCGGAGUAGAUAACCUACACAACACCAUUGCAUCUGCUGAGAUGGGAAGGCC